AUGUCCCGAUUGUGGUGUAGCUUUGUGAAAAAUACAAGGCGGGAUUUCACUCCCAGUGAGAAAAGCAGAGUUUGCUCUGCUCAUUUCAACCCAGAUUGUUUCGAUGUAAAUGAGACGAAAAAUGCCAUACUCGUAUCGAUGGGACAGAAACCCAUGCCUCUAUCACUGAAAAAUGAUGCAGUGCCCACAGUCAAGACUGACACUCCAAAGUCGCCAACCCCAUGUGCGUCUCCUAGUAAUACAUGUACUCCAAAGAGAGGUGCUUUUUUGAAAAGAGCUCAUCAAGAUGCUCUCAAGAAUGCCCUUGAUAUGACCCCCUGGACCCCUGUCGCUGUCAAGGCCAAGAUCCAGAGAACAACUACUCCGUCUCCCUGUCAUUAUAUCCCUGACUGUCCAAGCAAAGAAGCUGCAUCACAAGCACAGGUUACCACAAAAUGUGCCAACACACAAGUCCAACUUCUCUUAACACGUGUGAAUCAAGUCCAGACAACCAAAGUUAAUCUCAGGAACGCAGGUGUCCAAACUUUACCUGAGGCCAAACCUUCAACAGUAUCAAGACUGACAUUCAACUAUUAUGAAGAUCUCAUGGCUGGGCUUGCAUACCUGCUUAUGCAUUGGGAAGAGGCCAGACUUAUAGUGAAAUCCUUUGAUGGCCCCCGACCACUAUCAAUGGAGGAACAAUUUCACGACAAGCAGGAAGUGUUUGACCUGCGCCAGCAACGAGCAAGAUUUGGAAAUGUAGAAGACCCAGGAGAAUGA